AGGCAGUUUUAAAGAAAAAAACCUUCAUCCUUGAACCGAAACAGCUCCCCUUUGUUCACCAUGUCGGUCCUUAAACUACGACCGGGGUUGCAUUUCGCAGGCAGACCUGCGCCUCGAGCCAAGAUGGCACGCGGCUGAGCGCGAUCCCGCAGCGGGAUGAGGGCAGGACUGGGACGCGGCGGCGGAUGUGGCCGCCAUUGGUCGCAGCUCCCCCCUCGUUCCCGCCUCCGCGGAGCGCGCAGGCCCAGCGACCUCCGUAAUUUUAUUUACUCCCGAAAUCGAAGAUGGCUACCCCGAACGUCUCAGUAUCUUAGCAAUUGAGGAUGCAACUAUUGAAAAAAACAACUUUCCCCCGACAAUCUCGUCCCCCGAGACUCAGUUAGUACGGUGCGGAGGAGUGAUCUGCCGAUCGUCCGCCGCUGGACCUCUCUCUCGCCCAGGCUGAAUCGCCCCCCGAGCGCACCGCCUGUAAAGUACUUUUCGCGGAGUAGCUAAAGCGGCUCGCCCUCGCAUUCAGCCCGGAGGAAGCGAAGGUUCCGCUGCUCCGCGUCCAGAUGGCCGAACCGAGGAAAGUACCGUUUGUCACCCUGUCGGCGUUCGCCCCCGGACAGCCGUCGGAACAGCGAAAACGUCGGAGGGAGGACGAUACCGACAUAAGCGUGGGGGAUGCGGGGCUUGGCACGGCCGCCACGGGGGCAGCGGGUGGCGGUAUGUUCGCUAAAGCCGGCGACGGAGACGCCGCGGAGCCCAGAGGCAUCACGGUGCGGCUCGAUCUGCGCCUGUCGGAGCCGAGCGACCAGGCUUCGGCCGAGUUUAACUACAGCGAGCUGCUCCAGUCCGUUCAGGUUAAAAAGCCCGCAGCAGGACUACCUCCUGUCCUCGACCCCUCGGAUCCCUUCGGUGACGAUGAGCGCGAGCGGCAGGAAGUGGAAGCCCUGGCCAAGAAGUUCGAGAGCAAAUACGGGAAUCAAGGAAAGAAGAAGAGGAAAGACCGGAUGCAGGAUCUGAUCGAUAUUGGCUUUGGGUAUGACGAGAGUGACCCAUUCAUAGACAACUCUGAGGCCUACGACGAGCUUGUCCCUGCCUCUCUGACCACCAAACUCGGGGGCUUCUACAUCAACACGGGCACUCUGCAGUUCCGGGCGGCGUCUGAGUCGGAAGGGGAAGAAAUGUUCAAAGAUGGCAAACCUCACAAGUUGAAGGAUGGCGAGGAUCAAGUGAUUAAGAAACGCAAGAAAAAGGAGGGCAACAGCAUGGAGGAGAAGAAACCAAGGAAGAACAGAGUGUCCAAGCAAGGAGUGUCUAGUCUGAAUCGGCCCGAGAAGAAGAAGAGAAAGAAGCUGAUGAAGGACUCCCUCUGCCUGGCUGCCAUGAUCCGGCGCUUUAACCGCGAGAAGGAGGAGAUGCGCAAGAAGAACUUCAGUGCCAACACUGUGCACCACGGCAGCAACGCCGGCCCCCCCCCCACCGCCAGUGCCGGACAGCACAGCACGCCGGCCGGCGCCGUCAGCAGCGACCUCUCCAUCGCGGACCUGCCCGUGGACCCGGCCGUGAUGUCACUGCUGGGCUCGGCCAAUGAGAGCGAGUUGCAGGAGCUCCUCGGUGACCUCGACUUCAGCCUCCUGGACUCCUCCCCCCAGUCCUCCAGCCCGGCGCAGAGGGAGAACGGCCUGCACGGCUCCGGGGCCCCGGUGGGCCACAAGGUCGUAGUGGGGCCACUGGGCAGGGGCCAGGGGGUGGCCGGGGCCAGCGGGGAACUGCUGACGCCCCCUCCGCUGCCAGACGGGCUCCCUGCCCCACUCGCGAAGCGCAUCGAGGACCUGCGGGCGGCAUCUCGUCAGUUUGAUCAAGAAGGCAGGAAGAAGUUCUUCACUCUGGAUAUGAACAACAUCUUGCUUGACAUCGAGCUGCAGGUGCAGGAACAGCCGGCUUCCGUGCGCGCCGCCGUCUACUCCCACCUGGAGGCCUUCGUGCCGUGCAACAAGGAGGCGCUGCUCAAACGUCUCAAGAAGCUCAGUCUCAACAUUCAGGACGACCGGCUGCGAGCCCCACUGCUGAAGCUGAAGCUGGCCGUGUGCAGCGUCAUGCCGGAGCAGAUCGCCCAGUACAACAUGGACUGCAUGGCCAAGGCCGCCAAGCAGCAGUCCGAGGAGGGGGAGAAGAACGGCUCAGAGGAGGAAGACGAGGAAAAGCCGGGAAAGAGGGUGAUGGGGCCGCGCAAGAAAUUUGUGUGGAACGACAAACUCAGGUCCCUGCUGUGCAACCUGGUACGGGUGAAGCUGGGCUGCUAUGAACUGGAGUCUCAGUGCUCGGUCUCCGUGGAGGACUACCUGAAGGCCUUCAUGGAGAACGAGGUCAAGCCACUGUGGCCCAAAGGCUGGAUGCAGACCAGGAUGCUCUUCAAGGAGAGUCGCUCCGUUCACAGCCAUCUCACGGGAAACCUAGCCAAGAAGAAGAUUGUUCCGACCCCAAAAGCCAAACCCAAGGAGGGGAUGUGGCCCCAGCGCCCCCUCGCUUCAGCUGCCCCUGCCCCGUCUCCCGCCCCCAUCCCUGCCAUACGCAGACCCCCCUCAUCCCCCUCAGAGACCAUCUGUCUAUCGGACUCGCUGGAUGAGGACCUGACGGCCCCCUCCCUGGACUCCAUCUCCCACGCGCUGGCCCUCCUCAGCAACGCCGCCAAAGGGCUGGCUCAGAGCGACAGCCCACCCUCCCCCCCAGCUCCUAAGAUGCUGACCUCCACCCCGGGGCCCCCUGUCGCUCCGUACGCCUCCCUGGUUUCUCAGUCGACCCUCUUGGUGAAGAAGGAGGCUUCGGGCCUCCCCCUGGCAAACAUGAACACUCCCUCCACCUCCCCCUCCUCCUCCUCCUCCUCCUCCCCCUGUCUUCCUCGGCCGCCCUCCGUCUCCUCGUCCCCUUCCUCCUCCGUGGCGGCGUCUGUGGUGCACGCCGAAGCCUAUGGGAUCCUGAAGGGUGGGGGCUCUCUGCCGCAGAGCCAGAGGCACCCGAUGCCCCCGAUGCCCCCCACCCACCGGCCCGGGGUGACUGGCGUGAGUAAACUCAGCCAGACGGGAUCCCCCUCCCCGCCGAAGCCCCGGCCACCCCCCACUGCCUCUCCGCUCCUACCUCCCCAGAAGGCUUUUUGCCCCACUGGGGUAAAAGCUGCAGGGGCUCUGGCCCACUCCGGCCUUGUGAAAAGCGGCACCAAGGCUAACGCUAAUAGCAGCAGUGGUGGGGUGCCCAUCUCCCCCCAGUCCCGCAUGAACUCCCACACCCCCCAGCUGAACCCGAAGAGUCUGCAGGCCCCGCGCCUUCCCCAUGGCCCCUCCCCGGUCCAGGCUCCCUCGCACCCCCAAUCGAAGGCUCACCCGCAUCACCAGUCCAACUUCAUUACCCCCAUGCAGGCCACCCUCACCAAGUCCCCCCACAGCAGCAGCUCUCCCAUCAUCAAGCUGACGCCCCGGCCCCCUGCCCCGACUCUGCCCCCCUCCUCCUCCCCUUCGCCAUCCCCCUCCCUCACGGCGCACUCCCGCCCUCAGCCCAUCCCUCAGGUGCAUCAGUAUUCUCCCAAAAACCCAGGAUUCCGGCCGCCGUUCUCCGUGCCGUCAGCGGGGGGGGCGGCGAAACCCGGGCAGGGCACCUACAGCCUGGUGGGGGGACACAAAGCCGCCCCCCACACCGGCGGCGCCACAACCAAUGCCACCCCCGCAAGCUCGCCCUCCAAUUCCAGUCGGCCUACGUCAAGCCCCUCCCCCACCGUCUCGGCCAAUCACGGGCAGAGACAGAGGAGCGUGAGUGGGGCCAGCCAGGGGCCUAAGCCAGUGGCGAGUCGGGCUCCUGUCACCCCCCUACCAGCAUCACCGGCUACCUCUCAGCUGUCCCAGGUCUCCUCAGCCAGCGGCAACCUCCUGGGCACCCCGCCCCCCUCCCUCCCGCUGGGGUUCGGCAUGCUGGGUGGGCUGGUCCCAGUCUCUCUGCCCUUCCAGUUCCCUCCGCUGCUGAAUUUCACGCCACCCGGGGCUGCCAGCGGAGUUGGUGCCCCUGGGGCCAACAGCUCAGGAUACAGCCUGGCGCAAAAUCUGUUAAAGAGUCUCCAAUCAGGUUCUCAGGCUGCGCUACCUCCUCACUUGCAGCUUGCCUUCUCAGACGCGAACCAAAGCCAGGGCGCGGACAUGACGAGGAAGUCUCACUGACCUGUAGGAUCUGGGACGCGUCGGCAUGGUGCCGACCAUGUGGCCACUGAGAUCCACGAAUACAACCAUGACAGGAGGGGCGCACUCACCGGAACUCUCCUCUUGAAUUCUUCUUACCAUAAUAUUGUUAUGUUUGGAUGGAUGAUUGAUUGGAUGAUUUUUUUUUUCCAUUUUUAUUUUUGUCAACAUGUUUACAUGACAGACCUUAAUCACUGUGGAGAGAGGGAAGGGAGAGCAGGAAAGAAUACUACAUAAUUUAAUUUGUAUUUAAUAACUCAUCCCGCCUGUUGUUCCCAGUGAUUUGUGUGAAACUAUUUAAUAAUGAACAUGAAUUGUGACUUAAAUGUAUAUUUUUACUGAGCUCCCUGUUAGUGGUACAGUCCCCCCCCCUGCAUGGACAGUGGGCUCCUGUCCCCACCACAGACUGUUAAAGAAGUAGCUAUGAUUAAUACUGAUAAAUUAUUUGUAAGUGGUUUACACACCGAGAGAAGUGUGUGCGUGCGUGUGUACUGUUCUUUUUCCAGGUCACUGUGUACAGUGUGUGUGUGUGUGUGUGAACGCGUUCCCCUCUCGGUCUAGCGCAGUGUAUCCCCUUGGUGCUGCAUUUCACACUGGACCUUUUGAAGAAGAGAAAACUCAGACUUGAAAAGCAGAGGAGCUCCUCGUGCUUAAACGGAGACUCAAGGCUGCCGGGGAAGCGUAAGAUUGUAGCCUACUUGAACUUUGGUUCUGAUUUUAUUUUUUAUUUUCUUUUUAAGAACUCAGACUCUAUAACAAGCCUUAGUUUGUAAGUGAAACUAUGCAGGUCGAUAAAUGCUUCAAGCAAAUUUCAUGUUGGAUUUCUUACCGCCGUUGUUUUCGUCUCUUGUCUUUCGUUUAAAAUAGCUUGGUGCAGUAUCCACCCACGUGCUCCUCACCUUCCUUAAAAUGUUCCCCCUCCAUUACCUUAACCCCCCUCCCCCCACUCCCCCUGCCUGGCCGACUGACAGAAUUGCAGCCAAAGAUGAGCCUGUAAGGUAGACUGGACCCUAGGCAGUCAGUCAGGGCAUAUGUGUGUGUGUGUGUGGAGGGGGGCGUUUAAGCAUCUGCUUAUUCUGUAUGUCUGCGUGUGGUCUGGUUGUGCGUUUGUAGCCUGAAUUUAGGGGGAGGGGGAGGGGGGUGUUAUUGGGUUUGUUUGGGGAAAUUGUCUCGUCUUGGUUACUUUCUCUAUUGUAGAUUAUUUUUGUGUGUCAAAUAAAUGCUGUUGGUUUUCAGUACCA